AUGUCCGAGAACGAAAAGGUCCCUGGCACCGACCCAGCCCCGACGAAAGUCGAGGGUGAAGCACCUAAACCGAAGCGCGAGUACAAGGAGUUUGGACACGAUGAGCAGAAGGCCACCCACGCCAAUGUCGAUAUGAGCACCAUUGAACUCAAGGCUGAAGACCUCUACGACAAGGAAAAGGUCGACCUCGAAACUAUCGUCAUCGACGACGUAUUCAAGCUGCUUCAAUGUGAUGACAACGGUCUUGACAAAGAAGAGGCGCAACGUCGUCUCGAACUCUUUGGACCUAACAAGCUGGAGUCGGAGGAGCAGAACCCAAUUCUUCAGUUCCUCUCGUUCAUGUGGAAUCCCCUUUCUUGGGUGAUGGAGGCUGCUGCUCUUGUCGCUAUUGCCCUUUCCAAUGGCGAGCAUCGUGCGCCCGACUGGCAGGACUUCGUCGGUAUCGUUCUUCUCCUUUUCAUCAACUCGGCCAUUGGUUUCUACGAGGAGCGUGGUGCUGGUAACGCUGUCAAAGCCCUGAUGGACUCUCUUGCGCCGAAAGCCAAGGUGAAGCGCGCAGGCGCCUGGUCUGAAAUUGAAUCGGCCGACCUCGUCCCCGGUGACAUGAUCUCGUUCAAGAUUGGCGAUAUUGUCCCCGCCGACUGCCGUUUGACGGAGGCUAUCAACGUGUCCAUUGACCAGGCUGCCCUCACUGGCGAGUCGCUGCCACAGUCCAAGAAACUUGGCGACCAAUGCUUCUCUGGCUCCACUUGCAAGAACGGUGAAGCUGAGGGUGUGGUUAUCUCAACCGGUGCCAAUACUUUCUUCGGUCGUGCUGCCUCGUUGGUUGGCCAGGACGAUGACACCACCGGUCACUUGCAGAAGAUUCUCGCACAAAUCGGUUCUUUCUGUCUGGUUGCGAUCGGUAUCUUCGUCGUCGCCGAAAUCCUUGUUUUGUAUGCCGGCUUCCGUUUCCCUUACCGCCGUGGUCUCGAUAACAUUCUCGUGCUUUUGAUCGGUGGUAUCCCUAUUGCUAUGCCCACUGUCUUGUCGGUUACCCUUGCUGUUGGUGCUCAGCAACUCGCCAAGCACAAGGCCAUCGUCACUCGUAUUACUGCUAUCGAAGAGUUGGCUGGUGUUACCAUUCUCUGCUCGGACAAGACUGGUACCCUCACCACCAACAAGCUCACAAUCGACCGUGAAACUAUUAUCCCUUAUUCCUCGUUCUCGCCCGAUGACAUCAUCCUUCUUGCUGCCUACGCCUCGCGCACUGAGAACCAAGAUGCUAUCGAUACGGCCACAACUAGUGCUAUCGGAGACAUUUCUCGGGCCCGCGCUGGCAUUAAGCUCUUGGACUUCAAGCCCUUUAAUCCCACGGACAAGCGCACUGAGAUCACCUACCGAGAGGAAUCUUCUGGCAAACUGAAACGUGUCACCAAGGGCAUGACUGGCGCUAUUAUUGAACUUUGCUCUCGGGGCCGCACCGAAGAGCUUGAGGCCCGUCUUGAGAAGGACGUCGAAGGCUUUGCUACCCGUGGUCUCCGUUCUCUUGCUGUUGCGUACGAGGAAAUCGACGGUGAUGACCACGAGGCUGAGGGCAACGGAUUCGAACUCAUUGGUCUUCUUUCCAUCUUCGAUCCCCCGCGCGAGGACACCAAGCAAACCAUUGACGAUGCGCUUGCUCUUGGUGUAAAGGUUAAGAUGGUUACUGGCGACCAGCUCGCUAUCGCAAAGGAAACUGGUCGUCGUCUCGGAUUGGGUGACCAUAUGUACCCCGCCAAGGUGCUUAAGGAUGGACCUGCCCCCGGUGGCAAACACGCCAGCUUGGACGAAAUGAUUAUGGACGCCGAUGGUUUCGCUGGAGUCUUCCCUGAACACAAGUAUGAGAUUGUCAAACGUCUUCAAGGCCUUGGUCAUUUGUGCGCCAUGACUGGUGAUGGAGCCAACGACGCCCCUGCUCUUUCUCGUGCCAACGUCGGUAUUGCUGUUGAGGGUGCAACUGAUGCCGCUCGUUCAGCAGCUGAUAUUGUGCUUACUGAACCCGGUCUCUCAACCAUCGUCCACGCUAUUCGCGGCUCCCGAAUCAUCUUCCAACGUAUGCGUAACUACUCAAUUUACGCCUGCGCUGUCACGAUUCGUAUCGUCGUCUGCUUCGCCAUCCUCUCGUUCGCCUACAAGUUCGACUUCCCGCCGUUCAUGAUUCUGAUCAUUGCCCUCCUGAACGAUGGCACAAUCAUGACCCUGUCCGUUGACCGUGUUUUGCCCAGCAACACACCAGAUAGUUGGGACCUGGCCGAAAUUUUCAGCUACGCCGUCGCCUAUGGCCUCUAUCUCACGUUGUCGACUGUCGCCUUGGUGGUUAUUAUCAUGGAGACGACCUUCUUCCAGGACAAGUUUGGUGUCGAGUUGGACUCGAUCCCUGUCAAGGCCAACGACGCCAGUCUCCACAUGGUUGUCUACCUCCAGGUUGCCAUCAUCUCACAGGCCCUCAUCUUCGUCACGCGUUCGCAUGGCUUCUUCUUCAUGGAGCGUCCCUCGACGGCCUUGCUUUGCGCGUUCGCCAUUGCUCAGCUCAUUUCGAGCAUCAUCGCUCGUUAUGCUGACUGGGGCUUCACCAAGAUCCACGGUAUCAGCGGUGGCUGGAUUGGUAUUGUCUGGGUCUGGAACAUCGUAUGGUUCCUCCCCCUUGACUGGAUCAAAUUUGCCAUGAAGGCCACAGUCAUUAAGUACCUCCGCGAGCGUCGUCUUGCCCAACAAGCGGCUGGACCAGCGCAAACCAGCGAUGGCGUGCCAAUCACUCGCACUCAAUCACGUGCUGCUUCUAUUCACGAAAGCCUGUACUCGAAUCGUGUCAGCUUCAUCAAGCGUGCGGCUCGCAAGGUUGGGUUUGGACAAAAGGUGUCGAUGAAGCCAGAAGAGCUGCAACGGUUCAGCUCUAUCCAGGCCCAGCGUGUUGGUGCGACUCUUGCUCGCAACCCGAGCAGGACUGGCAGUGGCGCGGCUUAA